UGUGAACAUGUAUUGGUAUGUUAUUGUGUACAUGUAGUACACUGUUCUUGGGGGGAUUUGUUUUGAUCAGUUACAUGAUUUCUCAGUAUAAAAAAGCAUGAGGCAUUGUUCAGUGUUAAAUUGUAACACGGAUCAAACAUACAAGAUAAGAUUUCAUUCUUUUCCAAAAGAUGAAAAGUUGAAAAAAACGUGGAGUAACUUCACAGGAAGGCCAAGUUUCUGGACUCCGGGAAAAUUUAGUGUUGUCUGUGCGAAACAUUUUGAAAACAAAUACGCUUCCGGACGAAAGUUAAUUUAAAACGGUGUUCCCAGUCUCCAUCCUCCCCACCAUCCACAUCAACAGGAACAGCUAGAUAAUGGAGAGGACAUUUUUCUGAGUCAUGAACAGCCUACCACUGCACUGUUCCCUCUCGGAGUAAUUCUGCUCUCCCUCAGAAAAGUUCUGUUCUCCUACAGGGGAGUUCUGUUCUACCUCAGGGGAGUUCUGUUCUACCUCAGGGGAGUUCUGUUCUACCUCAGGGGAGUUCUGUUCUACCUCAGAGAAGUUCUGUUCUACCUUAGGGGAGUUCUGUUCUACCUCAGGGGAGUUCUGUUCUACCUCAGGGGAGUUCUGUUCUACCUCAGAUGAGUUCUGUUCUCCUACAGAGGAGUUCUCAUAUACCUCAGAGUAGCUCUUUUCCUCCUGAGUCAGCCAACAACAAGAGAAAAUCUAAAGAAGAACUUUACACCUCUAGCUUUGAAGAAAUUUCAGAAAAUGGAUCUAUUGCUGACGAAAUUAUCCAGCAAUACAAAAAAACUUCUGUAGCUGUUGAUAAAGCAUAUCCUCCAGUAGAUAAAUCAGAUUCUGAGUGGAUUAAACUUCUUGUUAAUCUAGAUCAGAGCUCUGAAUACAAAGAUAAUGUUUUGACUUAUAUUUCUGAGUAUAUACAGAAACGCUUGAUUGUCAAUGAAAGCUGUCAUUUAUGCUUGAUGCAUCUAGAAAAUGAAAAGUUCCCGGAUACUUGUAAACUUAUAGAAUUGAAAAAUCGCGGUGGUCUGACCAAAGCAAAUUCUAAUGUGAUAAAGGUAGUAAAAACUGCAAAUAAGUGAUUGAACUAAUGUUUUCUACAAAGAAUGUUGCAGAAGAAAAGUUUCUUUUUCAAAAGAUGUUGAUUUCUAUUAUGGAAAGCGUGAAACCAGAAGUUUUCUCUGAACUUAAUGACCAUGAAUCUAAAUUCGCGAAAAAUCACCGAACAAAAAUAGUGAAAAAACUUGCAGCUAUAUAUUUCACAACGAGACUUCGCCAUUUUUGCAAACUCAAAAAGUUUGUGCCCAAUUCUGGAAUCAGGCACAAAAAUACUAAGCUAAUACUGUUUAAAAAUGAAUAACUUUUAAGUUAUCCAUUUUGAAUUGUUACAGAAAUAAAUAAUUGAACAAAUUUUA